AAACAGUCGGUAAACACCUAAUAAGAUUGACACUUCCUAUAUCCGUAUAAAAUAACGUGAUUAUAAUCUAAAAUGAGCGUCCUGAAAUUAUUCAUGGAUGGAAACAAACUGAUAUUUUUUCUCGAAGUAUCUUCGAUUUAGUGUUGAAGUGAAGAUUACUGUUAUUCCUACCUGUGUGGUGGAAUGGCUUUUGUGAUUUUUAUAGUUGCGUCAGUGGUUAUCCUUUCGUUCAGAAACAUGUUAGAUUGUUAAUUAUUGUGCCUAUUAUAAAUUCGGAGUGUAUUUUAACAAUAUUUCGACGUGUAAUGGUGCAAUUACUGCAAAAAAAUCUGGAUGGGCCAAAUCUAUAUUUGGAACUGGAAGGCAACCUAACCCAGAAGAUUUCCCUUAAUAUCUAGACUGGAGUGCAAUUGCAAUCAUGUUGGGCAGCCCUAGUGGGUCGGGUGUGCCAACACAAAGAGGGUUGUGGCCAUUGGGAGCUGUACAAGCUCCAGGCAUAACAACAUUUUCAAAUGAUGGUCUCAACAAAUAUGGCGUGUAUUCUCUAUUUCCGGGAGGACCCAGUUUUGGGAGUACCUUGUACUCCCACUCUAGCACCAGCAGCACAACUGGACGGUUUGCCACUGGACAAUACCAGCAACCGUCUGAUAACAUUUUUCACACAUCGUACAAAGUUUCAGAUUCUCUCUUUUCGACUACAAGUUAUACGUUUGGCGCUCCUACUCCACCUCCUGGUUCUCCCUAUUCUCCAAUACCAGUUGGCCAGCUGGAACUUCUCGCUAAAGGGCUCAACACUAACUUACUUCAGCCAGUGGACGCCAGUCUAUCUCUGCAACAGAGUCCCAAGAAGUUUCAAGACAAACAUUGUGACAAAUGUUGUAACUUCAAGUCCCAGAUUUGUAACUGUCAGGUUAGUACCCCAGAGCACCUGAAGUACAUGGAUCCUAUCAAUUGCUGUACGAGAACAAAUACUUUAAAGUGGAACGAAAUCAACUUGAAGAAGGAACCAAUCGGACAAAUAUCUGAACUCAGCACCAAUAGCGCUUCCAUGAUUAAGUUAGAGGUGAUGUCACCAACGCAACAGAACCAAGAAAUACUAGGAAACAACAUAAUUGGUCUAGCUGCACCGGUGCCUCCAGUUCCAGUAGAACCAUUGGUUCCUGUUCCCGUGCCGAUCCCUCCAGUAGGAUUGCAGGUGGUACGCGAUCCAAAUACUGGAGGACUACUUCUUCUUUCCACUAAUGGUUUAGAUUCCCUUCAGCAGGCAGUCGUUUGGUCCGGCUAUCCUCAACACUCACAAAUGUUACUGCCAUCCCUGCCACCUGUCCCCCCUCCGUCUUUUCAAAUAGUACCCACCACCCCUUCCCAUUGUUUUUCCGGAACAACUUUUCACCAACAGACACAAGCGCAUAGUACUCGCUUGGUAGCAUUGACGACAGACAACAAACGAAAAAUUCCUCUACAGAUUCCUACUACAACGUUGAUUAAAAUAGAAACAGAUCAAGCGAAAACAUUGCAACCUGUUAGUUCUACUGCUACGAGCACAGCAACUGUUAUCACUGAUGUUACACCUUUAAUCACCACACACGUUAUCUACCAGCACCCUACCAAUUUUAUUAUGUCACAAAAUACUGCAACAGAGCCAGUAGUAACUCAAACAUCCUGUAAAUCUCAAGCCACGUCUCCCGUGACAUGUCUAACCCCUCCGCCAGAGUUUCACGUGAAGGAAAUGAAGACAUCUGCCGUACAAGAUGCCAGUAAUCAAACUGAUUCGAUAAUAUGCGCGGAAGAAAAUACCAGCAUAAUCUCCGCAGGUACGGAGGUGCUGGAAAAGACUCCAAUACACGAAGAAGAACCAGAAAUAGAAGUGAAGCCGGUUAUAAUCGAAAAAGAAACGCAAGUGGAGGAGCCAAUGCCGGAACCUGAGCCUAACGAAAUCGAACCGAACGAAUCAAAACUUGUUUUGACUGGUCUAGAACUACUCUCAAACAGUAUAGACCAGUUCGAAUCAGCCCAGCAAAAUACCGAAAUAGUACCAGAAGAUAACGAUACGCCGAAGAGUACGACAACUCUGGAUGGUCUCGAUUUGUUGUGCGCUCUAGCAGAACAAAGAAUUUUGGAAGAAAAUGAAAAACCGAGCCAUGAAUGCGACGUACCGAAGAAACGUAAGAAAGAUAAACGAAAAUCUCGAAGACAUUCCAGCGAGGAACCGAAACGUAAGAAAAUGAAGUCCGGGAAGCAUUGCCACGAAAAGAAGAAGCACAAGAAGCUCAAGGGUUCUAAAGAGAGAGAGUGUCCUUGUAAGAAUAGCUAUGAGCUGUAUGAGUCGGAUGUAUCGAAAGAAACGAAGAGCUCAGUUAGCGAUGAACCUGUAGAAUUGCUGCAUAAAGACGAGGCAACUUGGACAAACAACUUCUUGCCACAAAAAGAAACAGACGUGAAUCUUAAUAUAAAUAUUAAGAUCCCAAAAGUUUGUAAUCUUUCAGAGAACACAGAAGAACCACUAAAAGCAGAGCCUAAAAAGCUGAAGUUCCUAAAGAAACAUUUUCGAUCGAAGUCUGCUGAUUUUGAUAGAAGUAUGAUCUCGUCGCCGGUCUUCGACCAACCAUCCAAACUGAACAACAAUUUUUUGAAACUAUUAAAACCGACUAUCGGCGAAACGCCUAAAUUAGACUUUAAGCAUCAAAUUAACCAGACAGAUUUCGAUUCGUCACCCGAGAAACACUCCGCUUCUAAAAAACGAAAAGUCGGAAGACCUAGGAAAUUAAUGCCUUUUUCCAAGGAACAAGGAGCAGCCACCGAAACUAUCGUUGCUAAGAAGCCGAAAAAUAGUUUGAUAGGAUACUUCAUUGCUGCUAAAGAAAAGUUUAGGCUGCAGAACAAGAGUUACGACGACGGAACACUUCCCAGUUAUGAAGAGGAACCGGUAAUAGUACUAAAACACAAGAAAUCGAAGAAAAAAAGUAAGCUGUGUAGUGAUUUAAAAACUUCCAAAAUUAAACCCAAACUAAAAGCAGAAGCCACUUUUAAACCGGUUGAAGAUCGUGAAUCUGGACAGGAGGACGAUGGAGUGGAGGACUCUAUUGUGGACGAUACGGUCAUCGUCAACAAUAAGAAUAUCGUAAUGAAUAACGCGGCGUGCGAUGAAGAGAAGGAUACCACAACGGAAGACGACAAAAGAUGUGUUUUGACGGCAGAAUUAUUGACAGUAGACAAAUUAAGAGUUCUUACAGCAAUGGGAGGACUUUUCUACGCCGGACAUUUGAAUGCCAUCGAACCUCCAGAUGUGUAUUCAAUAGUUUUAGACGGGGAAAGAGGAAAUAGGCCGCAUAUCAUGUCAAGAGAAGAAAUACUAAGAGAUGCGAUCGUUGAAGUAUCGCCGAAAAGUUCAGCCGAUCUGUCAGUCGGUACCAGAGUAUGCGCGUAUUGGAGCCAACAGUACCGUUGCUUGUACCCAGGAAGCAUUGCAGAACCGACUUCGCCCGAUCCGGAGCUGGAUAAUAAAUUCGUUUUAGUUGAAUUUGACGACGGCGAUAGUGGUCGAAUAGACUUAAAAGAUAUUCGGCUGUUGCCUUCAGAUUAUCCCGUUAUUGAAUAUGAUUUGAAUCCCCUCUUGAGCCUUACUAAACGAAAAAAGAAGCCUUCAAAGAACAUCACGUCUAAAGAAAACGUUCAAGAAGAAACAAAAGCAAUAAUCGAGCCUUUAAUUGAAACAAACGUUGAAAAUCCAGUCGAUAACGAUAUGGAUAAAUUAAAUAAACUCAAGGAACAAAAACAUUUAGAGAAGAAACUAUUGAAGAAGAAGAAACGUGAGAAGCUACUCAAUAAGUUAAUGCCGGAAAAGAAGAAGAGAAAGAAGCACAAGUGCUACGAUAAAAAGUGCAAGGACAGAAAACAUCACAAGAAACAUAGGAAACACAAAAAACAUCACGACAAGGAAAAACUGAAAGAUGUAGCUAAUAGUAUUGUUACUGAUCACAGUAUUUUGCCUUUUGUGCAAUUACCUCCUGCUAAGGAAGAAGUAUUUGCGGAAGAAGAAGAAGACAGAGAAGUCGGAGAAGACAAACCUACCAGUAUUGUAGAUGUUAACCAUGCUGUGGUAGUUUUUAACGAAGUUGAAGUGUCUCCGAAAAAGAAGAGCAAUAAAUUACGGGAUCGUCAAGAGUCCUGCGAAAGUAGAAGCAAAAUGAGUGCCUUUUUACCUGCGAGGCAGCUUUGGGGAUGGGCCGGUAAAGAAUACAAACGGUCGAAGGUUAAGGGACGGUUCAGAAAGUUCUUCUACAAGUCCAUCCAGCGUGGCAAAGAAAUUAUUACGGUUGGGGAUUCGGCAGUAUUUUUAUCAACUGGUCGACCCGAUAGGCCGUACAUCGGUAAAAUAGAAGCCAUGUGGGAACUGUGUGGAACGAUGAUCGUCAAGGUCAAAUGGUUUUAUCAUCCUGAAGAAACCGUUGGAUGUCCGCAAAAUCUUCAGUAUCCUGGAGCUCUCUUUGAAUCCCCACACGUCGACGAAAACGACGUCCAGACAAUCUCCCACAAGUGCGAAGUGGUGCCCCUAAAGCAAUAUACUGACCGCAUCGGGGACGAUCCUCAGAAGUAUGCGGCCAUUUACGACAACAAUGACAUUUACUAUCUGGCAGGGUACUACGAUCCAACCUCUCAUUCUAUGAAAAUCGAACCCGGUAUACCAUUUACAAAAACAAAUUAAUAUAAGUAUAUACGUUUUAUUUUCGCCUUUUUUGUAAUGAAUGUAUUUAUUUUCAUAAAUGUUGUCUGUUGCUGGCAACUCAAAGUACAAUAUUUAACAACUCCUGAUCAAAAUUACUUAAUUCUUUCUUAGCUUUCGUAUCUACACUCCAAUCUCGUAGUUGUAUGUGUAGAUAUGUGUAUAAGUGUUUAAAAGUCAGCUGAAAGCUUGUAUGUGUCUAAUUACCUAGAAGUUAUCACAAAAACUAUCGUCAUAUUUAUAGAGAUGUAAAUUAGUGUUUGUAGAUCUUUAAAGUCCAUUUUUAAGUACAAAAAUCGAGUAGAUUUUCUACCGGUAGUAACGAAUCGUUUGAACGGCGCAAUAUUUGUCCACAAAACAUCGCAAAGCCAUUUCUGUUCCACUUUAAAAUCUAAGGCGUCUUUCAUAGGUUUUAAUAAAUGAAUCCAGAAAGAAAUCUAGUUUGGGAUGUCGAGAACUAAGAGUAACGUUGUGUUAUACGUGAAGCCAAGCACUUGUCAGUACGGACUAAUGUGACGGCCCCACAAUCGGACUCAUACACCCAAAAAAAAACCAUCCAGAUGAUGUUUAAAAGUACGUCAGUAGUAGAAAAGUGUAUAGCCAUACCAUACCACAAAAUAAGAGUUGCGAGAUACGUUAACGAAUAUUUGAUAUGUCACUACGGGAAGCCAUAUCCUUAAUUUGUUUUCUUUCAAAUAUAUUUUCCCAUUGUCUAGGUAGAUUCCGAGUUCCAAAUUGGAGAAAUUGCUUCACAUGACGAACUUAGUCAAGACAUGGUCUUUCCAAUACAUUUUUUAGUAGACAAAACCUGAGGUUCGACCCUUUUUUGUUAGGAAAGAACGACGUAAUCAUAAAAAAUGACGGACAGGCGCCAUUUUGUCAAAUUAUUUUACCUAUGAGCAUAUGGCAAGUAAUAUAUUAUUUAAAAGGUUUUGUAUCACUCAGUAUGCUCCUAGAUUUUUGUGCACCUGUGUGAAAAUUUAUCAUUAAUAAUUUGGAAGGCCAAUUUAUUUUUGCAGUCUCCAACAUUUGAUUUAUGGUGCAACAAAAUCGCACAACUAUCUAACAUCCUGAGUGAAACAAUAGCUGUCAUAUAUGUCAUUUAAUAAAACUGUCGAUGAUAUCCCAUUUUUGGCAGAUGUCAAUUGAUGUGCCAAUAAAUUCUGAAAGAAUGUGGAAAAUUGAAAAAAUAAAUUGACCUAUUUGAACAAUUUUUUAACACUGUCAUCAUUGAAUAUUGAAGCGGUAGUCAUUUUAAAGGUGCGCGACUGAAUCACAAAAAUGUAGAAACAUGGGGUAACGCAACCAGUUAUUGUCACUUUAAGAAAAUAUCUCGAGAAAAACAACUCCACAAUUAACAUAAUCUCCUUUCAAAUAAUUUCUAC